UCUCACAGUGCGCUUUACAGCUUCGCCCCCCCCCCCUCCGCCCCCUCCCCCUUCCACGGUUGGUUGAUCUAUUGCAAUGGUCGCAAUACCCACCCUCUCUCUCCUAUUGGCCCUGGCGGAGUGGGCAGGACUGGUCACGCCCUCCCCACACCUCUUGCUCCGCCCCCGGGAGCGGGAGAGAGACCCGGGGACUGUAAUGAACUUCAACAUCGCUGUGAUCCACGCGGGGGCCAGCGUGCAGGUAGAGGCGGCGGCCGGGCCCGGGGGAAGGGUGCUCUACCCUGGGUUUGGCCGGGCACACAGCUCCCUGGGGGAGAGCGUGAUCACCCAGUGGGGCUCUGCAAACGUCAUCUGGCUCCAGGUGAAUGACAGUAGUCCUAAGACUCUGCUGUCCCAGCUGUGUGACCUGCUGUCAGCGAGGCCCCUACAGGGCCUGGUCUACGAGGAGGAGAGGCCACCACCCACCGCCUGGGGACCCCUGGCCCCCAUGUUAGAGUUUGUCUCUGCUCAGACUGGACUACCCAUAGUGGCUGUAGGAGGAGGAGCAGGGCUGGGGAGGAUGCAACAGGAGUCAGGCUCCAUCUUCCUCCAGUUCAGCUCAUCCACCAGCCUCCAGCUGGAGGUCAUCUUCAAAAUACUAGAGGAGUACGACUGGACCACCUUCUCAGUGGUGUCCACCCGUCACCAUGGCUACCAGGACUUCCUGUCGGUGGUGGACGGCCUGACGGACGGCUCGUUCAUCGGCUGGGAGAAGAAGAGCGUGGUCAUGCUGAACGUGACGGACGACCCGGGAGGGGCACGCACGCGUAGGCUGCUCAAGGAGAACGAGGCGCAGGUGGUGGGACAGCGAGCAGAUAUGGCCAUCGGAUCCCUCACCAUCAACGAGGAGAGGUCAGAGGUCGUGGACUUCUCCGUCCCCUUCGUGGAGACAGGCAUCAGCGUCAUGGUCUCCCGUAGCAAUGGAACCGUCUCACCCUCUGCCUUCCUGGAGCCCUACAGUCCAGCGGUGUGGGUGAUGAUGUUCGUCAUGUGCCUGACCGUGGUGGCUGUGACCGUCUUCAUAUUUGAGUUCUUCAGUCCAGUCGGCUACAACCGCAGCCUUUCCAGCGGAAAGAAGGCAGGAGGCUCUACGUUCACCAUAGGAAAGUCUGUGUGGUUGCUGUGGGCCAUUGUGUUCAAUAACUCGGUCCCAGUGGAGAACCCCAGAGGAACCACCAGUAAGAUCAUGGUGCUGAUCUGGGCCUUCUUCGCUGUCAUCUUCCUGGCUUCCUACACAGCCAACCUGGCUGCCUUCAUGAUCCAGGAGGAGUACAUAGACACUGUCUCUGGACUCUCAGACAAAAAGUUCCAGCACCCCACAGAGCAGUACCCCCCUCUGAAGUUUGGCACGGUGCCCAAUGGAAGUACAGAGAAGAACAUCCGCAGUAACUACCCUGGCAUGCACCAUUACAUGGUCAAAUAUAACCAGAGAGGGGUGGAGGACGCCAUUAACAACCUCAAGACUGGGAAGUUGGAUGCCUUUAUCUACGAUGCAGCUGUGUUGAACUACAUGGCCAGGAAAGACGAGGGUUGUAAGGUGAUGACCAUAGGCUCUGGGAAGGUAUUUGCCACCACAGGCUACGGUAUCGCCCUGCACAAGAACUCCCGCUGGAAACGCCCCCUCGACCUGGCCCUGCUGCAGCUGGUGGGAGACGAUGAGAUUGAGAUGCUGGAGCGUCUGUGGCUGUCUGGUAUCUGUCACAAUGAUAAGAUUGAGGUGAUGAGCAGUAAGCUGGACAUAGACAACAUGGCGGGUGUCUUCUACAUGCUGCUGGUGGCUAUGGGGCUCAGUCUGCUGGUAUUUGCCUGGGAGCACCUGGUCUACUGGAGGCUCAGACACUGCAUGGCUACCAGCUCCGGGAGACUGGACUUCCUACUGGCCAUCAGUAGGGGCAUGUACAGUUGUUGUAGCUUUGAGGAUGAAACCACGCCGGGCGGGGCCAAAUCCUCCAUGGCUAUGCUCCCCCACCAUCAUGGCACCAUGGUAACGGUCCCGCCCCCGCCACACUUGGUUAGUGCGUCAUCAACCAACCCGGCCCUGACCAUGGCGCAGCAGCAACAGCAGCAACAGUCACAGCCCGUCUACAAAACACAACUACCUGGAUCCCCUCCCACUGUGGUGCAUUCUGGGACGGCGCUGGGGCCCUCCAACACUCCCAUGCUGGGGGCGCCCCUGCCCUGCUCCACAUUCCUCCCCCGGCCCGAUCGCAGACUGGCCGUGGUGGACCGCUGGAGGCUGCCCAAGGCUGGGACCGCCACCAACCCCAUGGCCGUGCGCGGGACCGUCGCAGACAUGGGACCCUUCCCCCAGAAGGUGGCUCCGACCUGGGGCACGACAGCUGGAGGAGUGGGAGUUGGUGGUGGUGGGGGGCUGGAUGGAUAUAAACGCUACUAUGGACCCAUCGACCCUGAGGGUCUGGGGCCCUGUAUGGACCAGCCGACAGGGUCCCAGACCCCCAAAACAGCCCCCAAGAGCCACCCUCAACCCCCUCCCGCCACUGUGGCCUUCUACUCAGAGAAAGGUCCUGAUCAGGGGGUGGGGAAGAGGGUGGUGGGAGGUGGUGGUACUGGGUGUCAGGGGAAGGGAGGGGUCAAACCUUUGGGGACGCCUCGGCUGCCUCCUAAAAGCCAAGCCGUGGGCGUGACCCCAGUCCCUCUGCCCACUAACCCCCCGCUGCCACAACCCUCCCCCCCUCUCCCCUCAUCCUUUUGGAGGAAGCGCCGGCCCAAGAAGCCCAAAGAGCCAGGCGGGCCUCUGUACGAGAACAUCCUACCGCUGGGGCGCAGGGGAGGAGGAAGGGAUGGAGCGAGGGAUGGUGGAGGGAGGAGGGGACGCCCCCUCUCUCCUCCUCUCCCACUCCCCGUAACCGAGCCCAUGUCCCCCACCUACACUCCCCCUUCCCCCUCCACCUCACUCCCCUACACCAGCUCAACUUCCUCCUCUUCCUCUAACACAUCGUCCACCUCUUCCUCUACCUCCUCCUCUCGCUCCUCCUCUCCUUCCUCCUCCUCCUCCUUGACCUCUCAGAGCACGCAGGAAGGUUUGGACGCAGAGGACGAUGAUGAGGAUGAGGAGUUGACCGAGGAGUCCAGUCUUCUCCUGGGGAGGGGGAGGGACAGACAGCGUUCAAUUAUCUCCUCUCGCUCUCUCAGUCACGGGCGCCAGCCACCACCUAUACCACCCCGAAAACCACGCCCUGCCCGAGGGGCGAGAGACAGGGAGAGAGAGAGGGAGAGAGGAGGUAGCCAGUUGGCCCAGUUACAGGAGUGGUGGGCGGGCUGGGGUGAGAGAGAGAGGGAUCGCAGUGGAGGAGUAGGAAAUGACGAGAGGAAACGAGAGAAGAAGAGGAGGAAAGAUAAAGAGAAGAAGAAAAAGAAGAAGAAGAGGAAAAAGAGGGAGGAGAGAGAACGAGAGCGAGACAAAGAGAGGAAGAGACGGAAGGUGAAAAAGAAGAGGAAGAAGAAGGCGCUGAAGAAGAGGAAGAAAUCAACUGGGCGUUCUGAGCAAGAAGAGGGGGAUGUGGAGGCAGAUAGGGAGGGAAUAGGGGAUGGAGGGAGAGAAGGAGGGAUGCCAGACUACUCUUCCUUUCCAACCCAGUAUCGUAGUACGUUUGGGGAGAAAGGGAGAGAUUCAGCAUGGGCAGGAGAGAGGGAGCGAGGAAGGAGGGAGGGAGAAGAGGAAGAGGGGGGUGAUAGAGAGGAGGAUAGCAGCAGGAGCAGGGAGAUGCGGCCCAAAUCAUCCCGUUCCCACUCCAGACAUCGACCCCCCAGUAAGCGCUACCCCAAACUCCCCGCCUCGGUCAAGUUUUGGGUGAGCGGAGGAAACGGGGAAGGGGGGGACCCCAACUCUGGAACACCCCCCUCCUCCCUCCCUCCCCUCAUCCCACUCUCCAAGAGGCGGAGGAGUGGAGGGGUGGAGAGGAGGGAGGGAGGGAGAGAAGGAGAGAAGAGGCCUCUGUUGAUGCACUAUGAGAAAGGCAGGGCUAACACCCAGGAGGGGCUCUCCUUCCAUGAGUGGGACUCUGAGGAGGAUGAUGAGGAAGAUGUGGGGGAGGAGAGGCAGAGAGACAGAGCGAGGGAACGGGUGGAGGAGAGGGUGAGGAGGGCGGGUGGGAGAGGUGCUGUGUCAGAGUCAGAAAGAGACAGGGCAAGAACAGAGGAGAGUUACUCUGAUGAGGGCUCAUCAGGGGAGUUUGGGCGAUUUGAGAGUCAGUACCCCCACCCCCAUGUGCACCCGCACCCCCAAGGGCGGUCACACGGCCAUGGGAAGAGAGUAAGCACGGCCCUGUCCCACAGCCAGGAGGAGCUGCUCCCCCACUGCCACAGCUUCAGCGGGGGCUCACGGCCCAAACCCCCUCCCAAAGCAGACCAGGGCCAGGCCAAGUCAGGCAGCCAGGCUAGCCUCAGCACACAGCAGCCAGGAGUGUUAGUGGAUCACCCCCCUCAGCCCUCCCUCUCACCCCCUCAACCCCAACCUAGUGCCCCUUCCUCAUCCUCCUCCCUGCCGGUGCCCAUCCCUCCUCCUCCCUCCUCGUCCUCUGCCUCGGCCAGUGCUAAGCUCCUGUACCAGAGACUACGGUCAGUACCUCAGCCCGGACGCUUCUACUCCCCCCACCUGCCACUCAAGGCCAAGAGCCUAUGCUCCCGACGAGGCUCCGCCCAUUUCUCCAGCCUGGAGAGCGAGGUAUGA